AUGCGAGGUCAACCCCACUUAAAAGUUACCAAUUCAUUGGCUCCAUAUGAUGUGUGUAUUUUGACAUUGAUAUAUUUUUACUGUUUUGAUAAGCAACGUAUACCAGCCAAGAUCUUCAUUACUUUGAUCUCACCUACAAUCUCGACGCCGGAUGUCAAUCCAAUUCUAGAGAAAGACUUCGAAACCUCUAUAAUCCAGAGACCACUUUUACCUGUUUUAGAGCCAUUGGUAACUUAUUUAAUCGGUGCUGAUGAGCGAGAUCUGGCCAUAAAGCUCGUCUCAUUUCUAUGGUCGAUGAAGAGCCUGGACGUGGUGAUCCAACUACUCAAGACUUUGAAAACUGAAUGCCUCACCAAAGACUUUAGGCAUAUGAGAAAGGAUGCACAGGAUAGCAGAGUGCGAAGAGUCACGAAGAGAAGUCUGAUAGGUGCCUAUCUGGAUAAGUGCCUCAUCAAGUGCCAAGUUGGCGAGUUUGAGGAUAGAGAGGCCCUAUGGAACGUCCUGAGAAAGUAUAUGUCAGUGUUCCAGAGGACUUCGACGUGGGAUGACAUCAAGGAAAGUGUUACAGAAGUGUCAUUUCGAUUUAUGCCAACCGCUGGACAGCACAACCAGGAUGAUGAAAUGUUUUCCUUCUUUCAACGGUUAUGUCAAGACAAUCAGUACCAUGGAUCCGGUGAUAUGAUGAUUGGAUCAUCACAUUUACAAGCUUUAUUGAACUGGGAAAUAAUGCUAAUGUCUCAGGGAAACUCGAGCGCAAGCCAGGAUAUUCAUGACAUUCUGAGCAUGCUUACUCUAAAUGAGAUCACACAUUUCCCCGCUGUACAUGUAUUUCGAUACUUAGAGUCCAUUUCAAGCAACUGCUAUCAAGCUGCAGUGGAUGCGUUACACAACUAUUUUGACUAUAUGUUGACACAAAAUGAUGAGAAUUGCUUUCAUAUCUCGCUAUUAUGCCUAGCUACCUUCCAUGCUCGCUUAAAUGACUGCCCUGCAGCAAUAAAAGCUUUUGAAGAGGCUACGAAGGUUGCACGGGAGAACAAAGACACUGAGACUCUCAACCUCAUUAUGAUUUGGGUCGUCGAUUUUAUCGAGAGAAACCCGGAAUACUCAAAUCACUUUCAGGUUACAGUCGAUCAAAUCGUGAAGUAUCUCAGGUCUUGUUCUGACAGCGAGAGCUCUCUCGUGUUUGAACAUGCGUAUAAAUUUGAAUCACUUUUGCUUAUGAUGGAAAAUGGUAGCACGACCUUGGUUUUGGAAUCAGCUUUCAAGUAUCUGGUGAUAGCAUUGCAAAGAUUGGAGUUAGGCUCUGGUACAGGUUCUGCAUUCGGACAUCUAUCGCGAAUAUGGGAAAAUUUGGGCUACACGCAGAUUAGUAAAGUUUACAAUGGAUUUGCGCAAGUUGAAGUCAAGCCAAUCGACGAAAUAGAGGUCGCCUAUGAAUCUUUAAGUAAGAAAGAUUAUGGCCAAGUUGCUCGUACCCUUGUUAAGUUGAAGUCUCCAAACGUAGUAUAUGAGCAACGAAAACAAAUGAUGCUGCUGGAUGUCAGAUACCAUAUAGCUUUAGAGGAUUAUUCGGAAGGAAUGAAAAAAAUUUAUCAAUCAAUCAAUGAAAAUGACGCUGGUGUAGUAGACUCUAGAUGGAAAUUUCGUUUUGAAUUGGAAAAGUGUCAGGUCAUGCUCAAGUGUAACGUUGCGAUGCGAGGAUUGGCAACCCUAACGGAACUACUAAGUCGCUCACUAAGCACUGAAAAUCCACUACAGUUUUCAGAGUGUUUAGUGCUUCUUUGCGAAAUUCUAAAUGAAGCUGGAAAAUUGGCCGAAUGCCGUUCAUUGAUAAUAUCAAACCUACCCAUGCUUCUACAGUUCCCCUCUCUGGAAGAGAAAAUAGUUGAAAUCAUGAAGGUUACACACGAUACUAGUCCUCCUGUUGGCGGAGCAUUUCCAUGA